AUGGUCUCGAAGCGACAAAAGCCCCAGCCAGAGCUGCAAGUCCCAGUCCCGAACUUUCCGUUAUCGUCGCCCAUCAGCGAGGAAAUCUCGAGCCCGUCAUGUUCAUCGGCAGAGGACCGCGAGUUGGAGCGGACUAGACCCUUUGAUUUCUUGGUCAAAGCGACCCGACAAAAGCUCGAGACGAGAUCUGGUUGUGGACGAGAUGGUCUCAGAUCACCCAACCUCUCGCAUCGGGACAGAAUUGUACCGGAGACUCCGAUCGCCCCGAGACUGAGUAUUCGGGGCAUCACAAAGAAGAAGAAAAGCGCAGCAAAACCGGUUGGACUGAAUCUCGUCACGGACUUUACGCUUGGGACUCCACCUAAAGGCAACAGGAAGUCCGAUGAGACUGCGGCUGCGCCGUUUGUGGAUCUGAAUGACUUGAAGGUCUUGUCAAAGGCACGAGAGAAGGAACGGGUUGGACUGAAGUCAAAGACAGUUGACAGGAGGAACUUGGAUACUGCGGCGGCUGCUUCAUCACGCGGCUUCCAACAGCUGCCCGAGACAAUAGAGUCAAGUGGAAACUCAUUUCUGGACCCAAACCCCGCAAAUCCCUUCAGCGACAGACAUGACCACGGCCUUUCACCCUCGGACCGCCAUGUCAUGAUCGGCCUCACUGUACCACGCCACGAAUCCUCGGACCGGGCAAAGGAGCUCGACAGCGCAGGCGAUCAACAUACCCCCGUCACACCAUCGAUCAUCGUCACUCCAGCCCGCGAGGAUGCACCUUGGUCCUCGUCCAGUCCCGAGGGGCUACGGCCCCGAGCUACCUCCAGUGUAUACUCCCAGCCAACACCCCGUCUAUGGGCAAAUGAGACCGAUAUCCCACCUGUGCCUGCAAUCCCGGUGCAGCACUCCUUCAAACUGGGCUCUUAUUUCCUGAAUGCACAUGCUAUUGCCGCGGGACGAGAACAGAAGCGCCGGUCUUCCGCAAAUACUAUUAUUGAGGACGACAGUCCGGAACAAGAACACCCACUCUCCCGCGCGUUAGAAGACGAUGAUCAAGCACCUUUAACAAAGCAAGAACUGAGUGUCGAUACAGAAGUGAGGCCAGCGUCCCAGGGAUGGUGGACGUACCUACUAUCUCCACUACUCGGCAAGAAGUCACCGUUGAGUCCGAACUUCCCUCGUCAAAACCCUUCAUCUCCCGCAACGAAAAAAAAAUCCAAGGAGUGGUGGGAAAAAGAGGUGUCAUGUUUCUCACCAGAGACUCCCGACACGACGAUGACAGAGUGGUGGAAUGAUGAUAAAGUUAAAGAUCUGAAGACUCCCGAUGGGAUUGAGCAGUCUCGCUCGCUUGGAGUCGACGAUGAUGCUGCGACUGUUUCCAAAAGCAACAGACAAACUACUGCAUCGUUCAUGCUUGGUGGUCGAUCUAUUCAGGGUGAAGCAGCGGAGUAUUUUCAGGCGUGUGCGCAUGAGCUGUUCAGCAAGACUCCUUACUUUGAGUGCUACAACCAUGUUUGCUCCAUUACACCGGCUUGUGUUGUUGAAAGUCGACAAUUCGCCGAGACGGACGCGACGGGUGAUCGAGGGUUGACUCUUGCUGGGGCUGAAAUUCAGGACACUGGUGUGUCAGAAGCACAAGAAAACACAAAUGGUGGCAUGGCUACAGCUCGAGGUCUACUCAUUGAUGUGGACUCCCCAAACCGUGAAGGCUCAAACCAUGUCGACCGCAAUAAGAGUGCACAAUCGCCAACGUCUAGUUCUGAUUCGGAUGACUGGACCUCCUCGAUUUCUGAUGAUCAUGAGAAAAGCCUGUCAGAGCCGCCAAAGAGUUUACCCAGAAAAGCCGUUCCUGAACCUCAGCCCGAACCUGUACAUAUGCCAGAGUCUACUCCUGCGCCGGUUAUUCAGGAACCACUAGCUCCGCCGCCGCUGGAGAUGCCCAGGGAACCAAUGCCAGCCCCAACUCCUGCUCCUCCACAAAUUAUCAACAAUUAUCAUUAUCCUCCCGCACCAGCUGCAAUUCCGCCACACACCCUCACAAUGGAGCGAACAGUACCCCACUAUGUUCCGGUUUUCCCUCCUCAUAACGAAAUGCCAGAGUCGCAGCAUAUGGCCCAGGAACAAGUAUCUGAAGGAUCAAAGGAGCCUCCCGUACUACAACAACAACUGAAUCCUUCAGAAUGGUCGUGGCAGAAAGAAGGCAUCGAAGAGCCACCAAUUGAACCAGAAGGCCUGGUACGCGGAAUGCCGGCUCCAGACCCUAUGCCCAUUUCCCCGGCAUUUCAACGCGCUGCGGGAGGGCCGGGCUCAAUUCCGCUGUCUGAAGUAAAUGCACCAGCACCCGCUUACACACAGUACUCACGAGAUGUUCCGCUUCCGCCGCGAUAUGACCAGCAUCCUGCUCCAGGAGCAGGGAUCAUGAACCCCACUGGAAUGGCCGGGCCCGGAGAGGCUCGGCGUCGCAGGAUUGAGCGUGAAGAUGCUGCUGGUAGGAAGGUCGGUGGAUUAUGGCGCGGAAGAGGAUGCUUCAGCAACAAAGGCUGCUUUGGGCGUCCAGGGCGUGAAGGUCGACUUCGUCGGAGAUGGUAUUUUGGCAUUUGCUCUAUCUUUUUGAUCAUUGUGGUCCUGGCAACCGUUCUUGCGAUCACAUUGACACACAAAGGAGAUAGCACGCCUGUUCAAUCUACGUGGCUCAAUUUGACCGGGUAUCCGCCCAUGCCAACAGGGAUUGCGACAAUCGCUGGUUCAGAAACACAGUCUGCAAAGUCGACUUGUAUCAGCCCAUCUACUCUCUGGAGUUGCUCUCUACCGCAAGACCAGCAGUCUGGAAACGAGCCUUACCCGGCAGACAACCCCAGCUUCCGCGUCGAGAUCCGUUUCCGCAACGGAACGUACGCCAAUGGAACUGAUACUGUCAACUCGACCGCGAUACGCAAGUUCCGAAGAGACAGUGGUCUGUUUACACCCGAUCCAGCUGCACCAAGUGUCGCAGACCAGGCCUUCAUCGGCAACACAACAGAUGGCAAUUCGGUCCCUUACGCCGGCGAAGAAACACCCUUCUAUAUGUCCAUCCUCUCACCCGUUCAUCUGUCCUCGACAGGCCUCUUCCGCCGAUCCAGCACGGAGGUCACAUCUACCAACCUGACAAAAAUCAUCCCGGCCCCCGACGAGAACUCCGACGGCACCGCGGCGGCCGCUGAACUUUACCCACUCCCUAGUUCCCAACCCGUACGCCUCUACAACCGCGGCCAAUCAGAUGAGCACUACGGCUUCUACAACUACUACGACAAAUCAAUCUUCCUCGCAUCACUCGCCGCCCUAGAUGGAAGUGUAGUCGAUACUGACCCGAACGACCAAAACGGUGGCGUCAGCAAAGCCGCCGCCAAAGUACGCUGCACCUGGUCCCAAACCCGCUUCCUCGUUCAAAUCUGGACCCAGCCGGGUAAAAUGGGGUAUGAUCUCCUCUCCUCAUCUAAUGGAACAAGUGCAACCUCAUCCGCAACGCCUACAUCCACCUCCUCGGCAACAUCAUCCUCUUCCGCGACGGAUUACACCAGACCAGGAUCAUUCCCGUACCCGGUUACCAUAACCGUGGACCGACAUGGCGGCGAAGCAGAUGGGAAACUGGUGUAUUGCUACGCUGUUGAAGAUGGACAUUACAACAUCACGGAUCGGAAGUUACAGGCUGAGUACCGGGGUGUUGGUGGGACGUGGAUCAAUCCUGCGAAUGGGGACGAUGUUAGUGGGAAUUCGACGUAUGGAGGUAUCGAUGGGGGCACCGGGGGUUGUGGAUGUCAGUGGGUUAAUUGGAUAUCUACUUCGUGA